CAAUUUUAAAAAAUACUCGAAUUUCUUUAUUUUUUACCUCAAAAGUUCCAAUUAAAUCCAAUUUGCUAUCAGAAACCAAAGCAACUUUCUACUACUUUUCAGGAAUACAGACUAGGAUAUUGAAUACCGUUAAAAACCGAAAUCGAAAUACACGCCCUAAAGCAAAUACCUACAAAAUUAUUGUGAUUAAAGUAAUUUACUUUACUAUUAGGUAUUUAGGCAUAGUAUAAUAACCAUAGGAUAAAUUAAUUUUUGCCAAAAAAGUUACAUUUGAAAAUGUCACUGUGUGCAUACAAUAUAAUAUUUUUUAAGUUACAACAAAAUAAAUAAAAUCGUUAUUUAUGGUUUUAAGCGGGCUUUAGUCGGUCUUGUUUUAAGGAAACUAGUAUAGGCAAUUUAACAUGGUGCUAUUAAAUUUACUAAUAAGUGUGUACGAAAUAAACGAGAAAUUUUUAUAUUUAUAUUAUUCAUUAUGACAAUAAAAAUAAUUGGAUUAUUUAAAAUCGUCUCAUCUGGUCAAAUCUAGUAAACUUGUUAAUCAAUCAUAAUCCGUUUUCAAAAUUAAAAUCUGUCAAGCCAAAUUUCUCCAGUUUUGUCUGCCUUGGUCUAAAAGUCACUUUUUUUUUCAUCGACUGGAAUCCACUUAAUAUGUAAUUUCAUCAAAAUUUAAACUUAUAAUGUUUAUUUAUUAUUUAGAUUUUAUGGUUAAAGUAGGAACUAUAUAUUUUGAGAACCGUUGUUUUAAAUUUUCAAUCCUUGGCUAUAAAAAUAGAAAAUUUUAUAAUUUAUAACUACAACAUUCAGUCCGGCUAUUACGCUCAACGUGCACGCACGUAGUUGCCUAUGAGCUCCGUUAUCGCGCUCGCAGUUCGAUAAUAUGGUAGACCAAGUCCACGACACCGGUGGUGACUCGCUCCAGACAUCAAUGUCUAACAAACGCUAUCUUUCAAAUUCGUCAAUUUCGCCAAAAGUUGCUGAUAAAAAGUCAAAAAAAUUCGUUACACCUAAUCGGUAUGCCGCCUUGUGCUCUGAUGAUUCUAGUGACAACAUAUUUAAUACAUCCACCAACAGUGCGACAGUUCGCAACGAAAAAUCAGGUCCUGCAAAACAAAAUAUCGAGCAGCCUACGCUCGAUAUGCAAGACGUCACUCCACCGGCUCCUCCGUUUUUCAUCUCCAACAUCUCAAAUUUCUGCGCCUUCACAAAUGAGCUAACAAGGUUGACCGGUCCAAACGCAUUUACCUUUUUCAAAUAACAACAGUACCUAUAAGAAAAUAAGGCCGGUGCAAGACUUGCAACUGGAGCGUUUUUGUCCAGUCCAAUAAUUGAUAUAGCCUACUCAACAUAACCAACGUAAUGCCUCUUCACAUAAAACGACAAGAAAUUGCAAUAAUCUUCGGUACCAAACUGGAGAGAGACAAAAUGCUAUCUUCUUUAAAUUCGUAGACUCUACUUCUCUAAUAGCAAUCGUCGAUGACAAUAUCAACAUAAAAAAAUAUCAUAACAUCUCAACUUCCUUUUUUCCCUGCUUGGAGAACACUCCUAAUUUAAGAGUCCUAAAUAUGAUUGAUAACAGUCUUGCAGAUCUGGUAGUUUGAACUAUCCAAAAACUCAACUAGCUCUGCACAUGCAGUGUUGGAAAGGAACGCGUUCAUUUUCGAGGAACGAAGCUUGGAACGCGUUCUUUUUAAAAUAUUAGAAUGAAGAACGGGAAAGAGUUCCUAUUUUUAAAAAAAUUGAAUGAAAAUUUCCGUGCCUCAAAUUAAGAAAAAAAAACAUGAAAGUAUAAAACGCAUGUUAUUUUUAAUAAUGAUAUUUCCUAGAAUAUACUAUAGAAUAUGGGUUCAUUUAACUACGUAUCAGAAAAGGUAAUGAAUAUAAAAAUAAUAAUUAUUAUUAGCCGAUUAUUUCUGGUUUAAAAAUUAUUCUCAGAAAACACCAUUGACGACCGCUCAGAUUGUAAAAAAAAUCUAAAAGAACUGGAACGAGUUCCCCCAAAGAUUCAACUUCCUUCUAAAAGAUGUUGUUUGAAGCAUUUUUCCUUUCCAAAAACGUGAUGACAGACACAAAAAUAAAAAAAUAAAAA